CUAAUAAAAUUCUCUGCCUGGAGCUGUAAAAUGCCUAAAUCUGCAACUGUUCAAAAUCCUCUACUAAUUUAUAUCAUUGAAUAAAAUCAAGAAUUCAUGACAGCUGUAAAAAUCAACGAAAAAUUCUUAAAACCUACGUUAUGUAAUAAAAUUCAGUACAAAUGUACUCAAUAAUCUGAUGGAGGAAAUCAUAAAUGGUGCGAAUACAAAAUUUCAGGAAUAAAAUGGCGAAAAUGUAUGACGUUUGGGUUCUUCAGCUGCACUCAUUCCAGUACAAACAUCGUCUGUUAUCAAACGUUGCUAAGAAUCAGAUUGUUCCUAAUCAGAUACUAAAGGAGUACUACCGCAACACGAUUUGAUAAACAUUCUAGGCCUCAAUAAGACAACUUCAUUACGCUUGGUUUCUACGAGCGGCAACUUCAGAUUGAAAUCUUGUAUGAAAUAUCAGGUACUGUGAAUUAGGAAAUAAAAAUGGCUCCAAAUGAAUCAGUAAAUGAUAUCAAUAAACCGUCAAAAACAAUGAAUGGUAGCGCAGAUGUCGCACAGGAAAAAGAAAAUGUUUCAAAGAAGGCAUCAUUACCGAAGAAAGUGUUCAGGCAUCGGAAUUCCGUCCUAACAGAUCUAAUGGAGGUGAAUCAUUUGCAGACAGUGUAUAAUAUCAGUGUUGCCAUUGUGGUGCUACUUUUCCUCAAUUCUGUGAUUUAUUAUUUGGCGACUCCAAAUAAGUUCUGGGAAGAUAUCGAGAUGAUUCGUUGGGGAGCUUCAAAUGUGACACUGCUAGCAAAAACUUGGAUAUCCUUCAAUAUCCUUGCAUUCCUCGUCUUCUUUGGAUUUAAAAUUUGGGUCCGAGUACGAAAUAAAAUUCAUACAAAGAUUGCAGAUUUCGUCUUCUUGUGGCUGUUUAUUGCAACGAGUGUUCUUAUGUUUGUAGGAACGGCAUAUGUAAUGCUUCAAAACGUCUUCAAGCCAAUUAUUCAUUUUUCAAUAAUGUGCGAACAGGUACGAAUUUACAUGAAGGUUUAUUCAUUUGUGAGGGAAAGUGCUCCUCGAGUUCUUCAGUACAAGCCAUCAAAAGAUGGAAAUCAAGAACAUAAUCUUUAUCCCACCAUCAAGCAUUACACAUUUUAUCUCUUUGCUCCUGUUUUAAUUUAUAGAGACUCAUACCCAAGGAGAAAAGAAAUCAACUACAAGUUCGCUUUAGCUCAGUUGUUUAAAUUUUUUGCCUGCAUUUUCAUCUGCUACUCUGGAAUCCUAAGAUUUAUGGUGGAUGUUUUUCAAAACACUGGAAUCACUCCGUUCUCUCUAACAGAACUGUCUCUGAUGUAUGCAGGAUCCAUGGUCAUAGGCGCUUUGACAAUGUUUGUGAUGUUUUAUGCCGUUUUGCACAGCUGGCUGAAUUUCUUUGCCGAAAUGUUGCGUUUUGGUGACAGAGAAUUUUAUCAGGAUUGGUGGAACAGUACUUCUUUCUCUCAGUAUUACAGAAAAUGGAAUAUAGUUGUCCAUGACUGGCUAUAUACGUACAUCUACGCGGAAUCAAUUGAUGUAGGAUUAAGUAGAUCAAUGGCUUUAAUAGCAGUCUUUUUUGUUUCAUCUUUAGUGCAUGAAUACAUAAUCGCUUUGUCAUUAGGAUUUUUCUAUCCUAUAUUAGCAGUUACAUAUUUAACAAUAGGAGUUCCUGUAAUAUUUAUAACAAAUAAGAAAACUGGCCAAUUCUGGAAUACGUUCAUGUGGAGCAUGCUGUUUGCCGGAUGGGGUUUGGUUAUAAUUUUGUACACUCUGGAAUGGCAUGCAAGAAACAACUGCAAAGGGCUAGAUGAUCCAUUGCUAGAUUUCUGUAUACCAAGGUCAUGGAGUAAAUCAUGUAAUAUCAUCGCUUUUCCUUAAGUAUCUACUCUGUACAAAAGCAUCGAGAAUUUAGUCACCUUCAUUUCAUGAAACAAAUUCAUCAAUUGUUUAAAGAUGAUAAAUCAUUGUAUUUAAAAAUAAAAUUGUAUUUUUAUUAAUAA